AUGUCGGAGGUGUCGGCCCUGUUCGCCAAGCGCAAGGACAAGCAGAAGAAGCCGAAGGUCGUCUCGAUAGACGCCGUCGCCGAGGUGCUCGUCCGCCACGCCAACAAGACGGAAUUCGAAGCUUUUGCUGAGGUUGAAGACUCGCGCCCAAACGUUGACGCGCCGCCGCUGCGACCCGGCGUUGACACCGAGUGGAUCGACGAAUUUGAGGAUGACUGUGGACGUCUCGAGGGCCUUGGCAUCAAAGACAUGGGCGCCGAGAUCAGCGAGAAGGAGGAAGAAAUGUUCCCGACAAUCGGCGCCGCCGUCGAGAUGGAGAAGCAACACAAGGACGACAAGAAGAACCCGUGGACUUCCGUGGAGCAGCCGCCGGCCUCGGGCGGAAGAUACGUGCCGCCGAGCAGGCGAGGCGAUGAUGACGCCGAUUUUGCCGCUACCCGCCGGGCUGAAAAGGAAGACGCCAUCGCCGCCGCCCGCGCCAUGACGCGCACGCCGACGCCCAGCGCUCCACGCCCCGGCCCGGCCGUCGACUCGAAGCCCAGCGCCCCUCCCGCCCAAGUUGACGCCAAGCCGGAAAAGAAGGCCGAAGCCACGCCUGAAGAAACGAAGCCCGCCGCCGCUCCCACCAAGCCCAAAUACGUGCCGCCACAUUUGCGC